AGCCCGAACGACGCCAUCAACGACACAUUUGUCAUUGUUCCAACUCCGAACCAUCACGGCGAACGCCGGAAUCCUUGAGCCUUCUUCUGCGCGCGUGCAGCUACCUUGCGUCUUUUAGAAUCCAUUUAUUCUUGAACGCCGAACUCCUAUUUCCCCCGCGCGCGCCCCCAACUUGUCACAAACCCAAUACAAAGUGAUUUAGCCUCCAACUCGUCCUUAUCCGUGCGAAAUAGCGAACCCAUUGACGUCUCUUCCAUCACACGCUGCAUCAACACGACCAGAUACCCGAGUACCAAGAACCUACCAACGCGCACCGGCGCCCCCCAUCCCACACUCCCGAACCUCGACCCCAAACCCCCCCCUCAACGACCAACCAACCCAACCGCGGCCCCGAAAGAGAGAAGGAGAAAGAGAGAGAGACACACACACACAACGCAAAAGAAAAAAAAAAAACCCAAAGAAAACACCAUGGCAGACGCCGACGACCAACAAAUCAACCUACCCUCCCUCGUCGCCAUCCUAGUGGUGUCAGGCCUGAUAAUACGCUACCUGUUCUUCUCGCCGCCGGCGUCGUCCUCGGGCGGCGGCGUCGGGUCGGGGUUGGGCAGGCGCGGCACCGGCACCGGCGCCGGCGAUCCGGCCGCCCUCCUGCGCGCGCGCGAGGCCGCCGUCGAGCGCAUCCAGCAGAUGUUCCCGCAGGUCGAGCGCCGCGCCGCGCUGUGGGAUCUGCAGCGUACGGGGGGGAGUGUGGCGGCGACGACGGAGAGGAUUUUGGCGGGGAGGUUGGAGACGCCACCCAUCACAUUCCAGCCCCCGCCCCCGCCGGGUAACGGUAGUGGCAAUAACAAUGCCGCUGCACAGGCCAAGCCUGCCCCUGGGCCGGUCCAUCCGGAUCUAAUCACGCGGUACAAUCUGAAGAACAAGCUUGGGGAGCCCGCCAGCGAGUCGGAGGGCACCAGUAGCGGAGCUGAGACGGGUGGAAAGGGUGCUAAUGGAAAGGCGUGGAGCACCGAUCGCGACGAGAGGCAAACUCUGUUGCAGAAGAGGAGGGAUCAGAUGAUUCUUGAGGCGAGGAGGAAGAUGGAGGCCAAAAUCGCUGCGGAGAAGGCGGCGAAACGCAGUUGAAGGCAAACGGGAAGGGCUGGGUUCCAGGUUGUUGCAUCCGGAUGGGGGUGUUGUGGGAGUGAGCAGACGAGGCACAUAAGGAAACGUGACGGGUUGUCCAUAUCAGCUGCUCAUCAGUCUGUCACGCAGCGCGUUGUACAGAACAGGACAAUAAUUAUUACUCACGGUCUGGUCCAAGAGCAGAGCCAGGGAAUGGUGAGGGUGCUAUCUCUGCUAACUCGAUUCUUCUGAGCCUCAAGCUGGUAAAACACGAGCAUGGUAGCUUGCUGGAAUCGCAUAUUCCAAUCUUGAUACAGCUUCCCGCACGCA